GUAAGCAAUUCCGAACAGCAGUGGUUGGGUUUGAACCCCGAUUUAAAUGUAGUCGUGCAGCUAAACGAGUGGCUUCCCUUAACUGGAAAGCCAUCUCCGAUGCUCCGCUUUCAUCUCUCCUUUGCUCCACUCACACCUUCUGUCUCUCCUCGCUUCCACUCCCAAUAUUUCUUCUCAUUAGGAGCGACUACUGACUUCGUCGACGGCCUCCUUGCUUACUCCCAGGAAAUGUUAUUCCACACCUAACGAGAUGCCGAUCAAAGCUAAGGAGAUCCCAAAGAUGGAAUCAGAUGGUCAGGUGACCACCUCUGAAGAGAUAGAAGACAUAAGCCCUCAAGCAAACAACAACUGCGGUGCCACAGCCAGCAGCCAGGUGAAAUGGAAGAAAGACAUGCUCACAGAUAUGGAACCAAUUGAAGGGAAACGACAAACAACAAAAGCCAAAAUCUCUGUCAACCGACCAUGCAAAGAACAUUCAUUUCUCACUGAUGUGGCCGAUGUCCGGAUGAUGGAACAAGGUUUACUACAGCUACUUGAUGAUUUUCAUUCUGGGAAACUCCAAGCUUUCGGUGUUGAUUCCUCCUGUGAGAAAAUGGAUCAAAUUCGAGAGCAACAAGAAAGACUAGCUCGCCUUCAUUUUGACCUUGAUCUUCAGCAAGAUUUACACAGACUAGACACAGAUAUGGCUCGUAAAACUGCAAAUGACAAUCUUGGAAAGCUGAUCGAUCAGUUACAAUGUCUCAGUACAUCCAUACAAACUUUACAGCAGAAAGAUGUCCCGCUUAACAAUGCCAGUAGCCCCUAAAAACAA